UAUUAGUUUCAUCCAAAUAAUCAAAAGCGUUCAUCAACGGAACCGGUGAUAUGCGCCUGAGGCAACGGCUCUGAUUACAAGUUGAAAAUAGUGAGAGCAGAUGCACGUGGGGGCGAGGAGACGUUCCAUUAAACCAAGUCAGGAGCAGCCGGCAAUCAAAUCACGCUUCUCCCUUCUGCUCUUUUAAACGAUCUUUUGUUUUUCUGUCUUCCUUCGUCAAAGCUUACACAGAAAGGAAUAAAAAGGAAAACCUCUUUCUUUUGUUGCUGGAAGCUGCAGAGCAGAAAAUGGGAAUUCCAUCAGAAAUGAGGGAUGCAUUCAUGCAGAGAAGAAGAAAUUCUUUCGUGAUUCCUUCUCCUGCUGAAGACGAGAAGAGAUCGAGGGCCGAACGGUUCUCUCAAGAAGGAGUUCGUGCCGGUGUCAAGGCUGCUGCGAUUGCCGCCGUAGUCAGCGCUGUACCUACAUUGAUUGCAGUUCGUAAGAUUCCUUGGGCGAAGGCGAACCUCAACCAUACUGCUCAAGCUCUUAUCAUCAGUGGAGCGUCGAUUGCUGCUUACUUCAUUACCGUUGAUAAAACCGUGUUGGAAAGUGCUAGGAGAAAUUCUCGAGCCCAGUUCGACAAAACAGUUUGAAUGCCAGACCUGGAGGUUGUGCAAAGGUUCCAAGAGGAAAAUAAUGUAUCUUACAACUUGAUGCUGUUGUAUGGCACAUGAUGCAACUUUUCUCUGAGUAUUAUCUUGAGUUGUUUGACUUCUCUAAGCUGUUUAAAUGUAUUUUGUUGACAUUUUCUCCUUUUGAGUA